AAUCGCAAACACGUGCAGUCUGUCUUUAACUUUGUUUUGAUUGUUUUUAUUCCUUUUUUUUAACUAUGAAAUAAUUAGCUAGGCGCGACAUAGAAAUUACUCAUUAUAAUUUAUAAUAACAAAUUAGGAGAACAUGGCGCAUGUAUCAUAUCCUUUUAAACGGACUAACAAGUCCCCUUACCAGAAGCCGGCUUCGACUGUUACUUCAGAUACUAUUUAUUGGAAGAAACUAGGUCUACCUGUUCUAGUAAAGGAAUUUGGUGCGAUUGACUAUAUAGACUUUAGUCCUGCCGAACCUUACUACUUUGCUGCUACAUGUUCUGUCAGAGUUCAGGUUUAUGAUCCCAUUACGAAGGUCGUAGCUAAAAAUAUAUCUAAGUUUGUGGAGGCAGCAUAUGGUGCUACUUUCCGUGCUGAUGGUCGGUUACUUGUAGCAGGAAGUGAAGAAGCUGCUGUUAAAUUGUUUGAUGUUAAUUCCAAAAAGGUCUUAAGAGUUUUCACAGGUCAUGUUGCACCGGUGCAUAGAACAUUCUUUUCAAGAGAUCAAGUUAAAAUACUUAGUUUCUCUGAUGACAAAUCAGUUUGUUUAUGGGACAUUGCUACAGAAGAAAAAAUAGCAACUUUUUCUGAUCACACCGAUUAUGUAAGAGCUGGAGCAGCUAGUCCUAUUUCACCAGAUAUUAUCCUAUCAGGUGGCUAUGAUCAUGCUGUGAAACUAUAUGAUUGUAGAUCAAAUGAAACUGUUUUGACUGUAAAUCAUGGCAGUCCUGUGGAGUCUACAAUAUUUUUACCUUCUGGCGGAAUUUUUAUCAGUGCUGGUGGAACAGAAAUUAAAGUGUGGGAUAUUUUUAAUGGUGGAAAAUUGCUGGCAAACAUUUCACAACACCAUAAGACGGUGACAUCUCUUAGAUUAGCUAGUAAUAGUAGCAGAUUAAUGUCUGCUUCACUUGAUAGACAUGUAAAAAUCUAUGACAUAUCUACAUUCACAGUUGUACAUAACAUUGACUUUCCUAAUGCUAUACUUAGUAUGGGCAUAUCUGAACAUGAUGAUACUUUAGCCGUUGGUAUGAUUGAUGGAGUAAUAUCUAUUAGGAAAAGAGACAAACCUGUUCCAGAGACAGGAGAGAAAAAAGGUCUUUUUAGGUUUGCACCAGAUCAUAUUCAAACAGUUCAUGGAAUAGUUGAAACAGUUGUCAACAAACCACAAUUUGUUAAAGAGAGUGAUUGUGAUAAAUUUCUUAGGAAAAUGGAAUUUAGUAAAGCUUUGUCUGCAGUUUUAAAAACAUAUGUGGCUACUAAAUUUCCUGAGAAAACAGCAGCAGCAAUACAAGAAAUGCUUAGACGAAAAGUACUUGAUGUUGCCAUGAAUGAGUUGAAAGAAAAAGAUAUAGGAGCAUUACUAAAGUACUUCAAGAAGAAUCUAGGUGAAGUAAGAUUUACAAGGACAAUAAUUGAUGCAGUAAAUGUUUUUGUAGAUGUGUUUGAACCUCAAAUUAAAACAUUUUCAAAUGCAAAUUUAUUACUGUAUACAUCGCUCCAACAGGAAAUCAAUGAAGAAGUAGAAGUCUGUAAAAAAGUUAGUGAACUAGAAGGAGCCAUUGGAAUGCUACUAUCUGCAGGACAAAUUACUUCUAAUAAGGACAUGUUAGAAAUAACUGACACUUUAGCGCCAUCAACCAAAGCUCAAAAAGAAAUCGUAAUUGAUGUUUGAUUAAAAUCUGUUUCAAAAACCUUUUUAUUUUGAUUUCUUCAUAUUUAUAUCUAUUCAGAAUAACAGGAA